GUUUCCGAUCGAUCAUCGUUAUACACAUAACGGACGCAGAGUGCCAUCAUAUUAUAAUACACGUGUCGAACGAUAUUACUUUUAAAAAAUAACGACAAUCCAUACACGAUGGACAUGAUGCGUCUCUCGUCUGCCAUCAUAGUGUUGAUGAUCGUGGUUGCAGCAGCAUCCGCCGGUAUUUAUCCGGCGACGAUGGGCAGCAAAGGUGCCGCUGUGGGGCGCACUAAAUCUGGCAACAGUCGUGACACUUCAGGGGAUAGUUUUCAUAUACAAUCUCCCGAUGGACAAUAUGUAUUUGGACAUACCAAUGGAGAGCAGGGCAGAGCUGAGAUGCGCGACAGCGACGGCACGGUGACCGGAUAUUACAGUUACGCGGACGGCAAUGGUCGAGUGGUUCGUGUCGAUUACGUGGCGGACAAAGGUGGUUACAGAGUAUUGUCAAACGCCGGCGUGCCGUCCGCUUCGGUGACUGUAGAGGCAGAUGGCGGUGGUGCCCCCGCUGCAGUGACCGACUACCGGAAGAUGUACUCGGACUUAACACGCCGCAUCAAAAGCACAGUCGUGCAACGAGGUCAAAAAGUAGUGGAUCCCAUCGACGGAGGCCAACGGCCGGUCGUCGUGGACCCGAUCCCGUACCCCACUGAAGAGACAAAACAUUCAAACCGCGAAGAAAAAAUCAAUUUUCCGGAUUGGAAUCAAGUGAAAAUGUCUACUACCCAAAAUUCUACGGAUGGAAUUGAACACAACGAAGGACAACAACAGCAGCAAGAAACUAUAGAUCCUAAUUGGGAUAGUGUAAAGAUAACAACUCAAAAAUCAAAUAUUAAAAUAAACGAUAACGAUGGUAAAGAAUCUAUUAAUGAUUUGAAAAAUGAAAUGAUCACUACAGAAAUGCCUUCAGUGACGUCGGUUCCGAUUCAGCCUCAAGUUCCCUCGAGAGGAGAUCAUAAGGGAGGAUAUUCUGAUACAGUAUUCCACGAAGAUAAUGCCAAGGAAAUUAAAACUGAAAUCAGCAACUCUAGGAUCGGUGCAGAAUCUACCGUAAUCGAUGACACACAAAAUAAUUCACCAGUUACAAAGCCCACAUCGAUUAUAAACAGCGUUCAAACAACGGUAUCGUAUUACGACGGACCUGGACAAACCACUGAAAAAAGCGACGACUCACUAUAUGCCCAGACCACAAUUUUUGGUGUAAGACAAUUUGAUGAAUAUUCAACUGCAGUGAUUUCAGAAAGUGCGACAGAGCAUUACCGUUCCAUUAAAGAGAACGACGACAAAAUUAAGAUUCCAAAUGAAACGGAUGUGCUAGUGACUGCCAAAUCACUAAAAGAGGAUAAUGAAUUGUUCGAAAAUAUACCGACUACAGUUGAACCAAGCCGUCAGACUAAUGUCCAAACUACCGGCAUACCAUCCAGUGUCGAUUACACGACUAUCGAAGCGGUUAACGGAAAACCUGAGUUAGUCAGUACGCUGCGGCCUUUGUACGAAUCCGAGAUAACUACAUUACAGACCGCAGGUAAGGUCGGUGACACAGAAACCGCAACUGUAAUAGAUGUAGCAGGUUUUCAGUUCGUAACUGAACCAAACAAUAAUAGCGAAGACCAUCCUGAGUUUAGAACUUUAGAGCCUACAGAAUCGAUCGGUACUACCGUCAGACCCGAUAUUGAACAUUCCCAACAAGAACAAGAAGAGAUAGUAUGGCCAGAAAUACCACAAGAGCCAGUGCCUCAAGUCUUGCUGCCUCUAGAUCCGUAUCCCGCCGAAGAUCCGCGGCCGAAAAAUGCUGGUAUCAAGACCACUUGGCCAAACGAUUCGAGACCGACCAGACAUAACAAGCCGGAUGAAAUAAAAUCAGCGGUCAACGUCUCAGAAACUGAAACGACGACUUUGACAAGUAACGACGAAGAAAACGGAGCUAUGUUCAACUUUCCCAGAUAUUAUCUCACCGGUUGACAAUCUACUACGUCACAUAAAAUAAAAUAAUAUAAUAUAAUAAUUAAUUACAAGAAUAUUAGACUUGUUUUAAAUGCUUAGCUAUACAUUAGUGUUCAUAAGUAUAUGUUGAUCAUAAUCAAAAAUUGUAUAUAAAUAUAUAUCGAAAUAGAUAAUUUAA